GGCUUGUUUGACGCAGCGUUUGUGUGACAUCAACGAGGAUGGUAGACGAGUACACACAUGAAGACGCUCUAACGUUCACGUCUUACUCAACUGAAGACAUUUGGUUGUCUAGAGAGACCGUUCCUUAUUCGUUUCCUACUAUAAAUGGCUCAAGAAAGAUUUUAAACUCUAUUUAUUGCAUGGACCAGACAGCCGGCAAGGAAAAGAAUGACAGCUCGGACGAUCAAUGGCUCUCGAGGGCUAUUAGUCAGUUGGCUUUUGAAUUGGAAAAGAUAAGAUACGACAAUGAUGCAAGCCUCGUCAUCGACGUAUUAAGCCAGCACAAAGCAAAGAGUUCCAAGAAAGAGUUGAAGAAACAGUUGGAGAAAUUGCGAAAAGAAUUUAGCUCCUUUCUAAACAAACAGAAUCGAAAACGCCCUACUUUAAUUAAACAGGAGGACCUGAUUAGAUUCGUUGUAAACGGUUUCAAGGAGUCGGUGUCAUCUGAAAUUUGUCUACUACAAGACAUGAUAUCUUUUGACGUAGAGUUAGAGUGUGAAUACUUGAUGCAGUAUAUGCUGGAUCAAUUGAAAAAGAAAAGGAAGAAUCUAGAUCAUGAUCAGUUAACGUCGUUUAUUAUUUGUAAUGGCAAUCAUGUAUCUAAUGCAUGGAUUGACCAACUAUUACUACCAAGCAACAGGGAAAGGAAACCAGAUAAAGAUGAAUCUGAGAGUCACAGCUUAUUGCAAACGAGUAUAGAAAAAGCUGCAGCCGAAACACUUUUUGCUCACCAAUGGAUCAAUGCAUCUGUACAGAGUCGUCACUCAAGCAGUGGAGUCAAAAAGUUUGGUGCUCAAGAUUGGAACAAAUCAUCUGCAGGGAGUCAUCACUCAAGCAGUAGAGUUAGUAGUAUACAGUUAAGGAAAGAUUACCAGGGGAGUGACCAUGAUGUCGAUAGUGUUGCAAGCAGUCAGGUCAUGUCUGAUGUAAUUUCUGCCUUUGCAUCUGGACGUCUUUCCAAUCCCAUAUCCAUAUCAUAUGACACUCUAAAGCAAGCAACUAAAAACUUUGAUGAAAAGAAGAUCGACGAAGGAGGCAGUCUCAUUGCAGCUGGUGGUUUUGGUCAAGUUUUUCUAGGAGAAUGGCAAGGGCAGCGAGUGGCAGUAAAAAGAUUAAAGAAGCCCAAAAAUGAACAUUUGUCGACUAUGCAUCUUUCAAAGUGGCAGUACAUGAACGAAGUGUCGGCACUAACAAUGUGCCCUUCUCAUCCGAAUGUUGUUCAGCUGAUUGGUAUCUGCGACGACGGACCGGAAUUAUGUCUGGUGUAUGAAUAUGUCGAGGGCAGAACGUUAGCUCAACAUUUGGCAAAGGAGAGCAGAGAAUCUCUAAGUUGGAAUGAACGAAUUGAAAUGGCUCAAGAUAUCGCCUCAAGUAUUCACCACAUACAAUCAACUUCACAACGUCCACUCAUUCAUCGAGACGUCAAAAGUGCCAACAUUCUGGUGUCACAUGAUCGAAGAGUACGAUUGGCCGACUUUGGUCUCUCAUGCUUUGGAGAGCAUCUUGACAACAUGCAUGCCAGUUUUUGCAUAUCCGGUUCGACAACAGGGGGUACACGAUGUUACAUGCCACCCGAGGCAUUCAAAGGGAUAGUCAGUACACGAACCGACAUCUACUCAUUUGGGAUGGUAUUAUUUGAGCUGGUGACGGGACUGCCUCCUUACUCUUUGAGCAAGAAACUUGAUCUGGUUGUCUACUUGUUUCUUGUGAUUUUGGCAGAAAUUUUGAAUUUUUGUAUGUUGCUAGGCAACGUUUCUGAAACAAAUUGA